GCGUCGCGCUGCUUUGCAAGUUCAGUCAGCGGCGAGACGUCGGACGAGUGAGGUGUGUCCCGCUCUUUCUCAGAGUGUUGUUGUGUCAUUCAGUCUGUGAAACUUUUAAUGUUGUAGUUUAACAGUUUUAACGCAACGUCGACUGGCUAAGAGAAGGCCGAAUAAAGAAGCUUCCCAUUUAGAAAGACCCCUUGAGACGCCAUGGCUUUAGGAACAGAUGACGUAGACGUCAUUCCCGAAGUGGAAAGAGGUCUGGGUAACACGUAUAUCAUUGACAAUAAAACAUACGUCAGCAGAGAUGAAGUCUACGACGGAUACAAAUGCGCCGACAGAGGGAUGAUCUUGCCCUUCGUAUCCGAAUACACGUGGCCGAUUGAGGUGAGAGCCUUCCUGUACCUGGUAGGGUUACUCUACUGCUUCUUGGGCGUGGCCAUCAUCGCCGACAUCUUCAUGGGCGCCAUAGAAAAGAUCACGAGCAAGACGAGGAAGGUUUAUUUGACUUCCGAGAAAGAAGACGAGCCGGAAGUGAUAGAAGUGCGGAUAUGGAGCGACGCCGUGGCCAACUUAACCUUGAUGGCCCUAGGGUCAUCGGCACCCGAAAUCCUCUUGGCCAUCAUCGAGGUCAUUGCCAAUAAAUUCGAGGCAGGUGCCCUGGGCCCCGGCACGAUUGUGGGAUCGGCAGCUUUUAAUCUCUUCGUCAUCAGUGCCGUUUGCGUCCUUUCGAUUCCUAAUGGAGAGAGUAGAAGGAUUAAAGACAUCAAGGUGUUCGCCGUGACGGCAGUGUUCUCCAUCGUGGCGUACGUGUGGCUGCUCAUCAUCCUGAAGGCAGUGAGUCCGAACGAGGUGGAGGUGUGGGAGGCGGCCGUGACCUUCCUCAUGUUCCCCCUGCUGGUCCUGCUGGCGUGGUUGGCCGAGAAGAACUUCUGCGGGGUGCCCAACAAGACGGACACGAGUAAACAGAUUGAACUUGGCAAUUUCCAACCAGGACGCUGGAGGUAUCAGCCAAGUAUGAUUAUAAUAGGAUCAUCAAACCAUACAGUAAAUCCCAACUCUUCCUCAUGUUGUGGGAAGAUUCUGAAGCUCUGUGGCCUCGAAUUGAGAUCAGAGUCCAAUGCUGACAAAUUUCUGAGGGAUCGUCAAUAUUUCCGAGAUGGUCGCCUGGACAGAGAUGGACUUGUGGCCUUCAUCAAAGAAGUCAAGAACUAUCCAGGUCUUACUGAUGAAGAUGCUGCUAUUCUGGCCGCUUCAAAGUUGGUGGAAUCCCAGAGCCAUUCUCGAAUGUGGUACAGAGUGGGAGCUGUCAGGAACAUGACCGGUGGACGUAAAACGCAACCGCAGCUUUCCACAAAACUGAAAGUGCGUUCUAAGGACAGGAUGAAAACGCUCAUCAUGCUAGAAGACGGCACUAACCAGGUCUACAAUGCCAUGAAUGAGCACCCUGAUGCUCCGACCCUUGGAGAGGUUCCACAGGUUAAACCUCACCAGAAUGCCGUCAUAGACUUUCAUGCAGCCUCCUGCGCAGUUAUGGAAGACAUUGGAAAAUUCAAAGUUGCUCUGUGUCGAAGUGGUCGACUUGAUAACAGAGUUAGCGUGAGGGUUGAAACAAUUGAUGGGACAGCAACUGAAGAACAAGACUACAUGCCCAUUAAUGAAGUCAUCACCUUUGAGCCUGAGGAGUCUGAAAAAUUUGUUGAGGUGGAGAUCAUCAAUGACAACCAGUGGGAACCAGAUGAAGAGUUCUUCUUGAAGAUAUCAUUGUUAAUGAGUGCAGAAGAGCGAGAGGGUGUACAACUUGGGCGUAUCUCUAUCAUGGAGAUAACCAUCCUUAAUGAUGAUGAACCUGGAAUUGUAAUGUUUCAAAAGAGAGGUUUCCUGGUGAAGGAGAGUAUUGGUAACGCUGUCAUUCCUGUUGUGCGUAAGAAUGGAGCUGAUGGUGAAAUUACUGUAAAAUGGCGCUCCAUUGACAAGACUGCUGUUAGUGGCAAAGACUAUACAGGAGGUGAAGGUGUUCUUACUUUCAAGCAUACAGAGAUUGAACAAAAUAUUGAAAUUCCCAUCAUUGAUGACAUGACUCCAGAAAAGGAUGAACAUUUUGAAAUUGAACUAUUUGAGCCCACUGGAGGAGCAAAGAUUGGUCAGAUCAACCGUACAGCAGUCACUAUUACUAAUGAUGAUGAUUUCAACAAUGUAUUGAACAACAUGAUGCAGAUGACAAAUGCAAAUAUUCAUGCAAUGCAGGUUCACCACGAGACAUAUGUAAGCCAGAUCAAGGAUGCUUUGAAUGUAAAUGGUGGAGACAUUGAAAAUGCCACAGCGGGAGAUUAUGUUCUUCAUUUCCUUACUUUUGGAUGGAAGAUUAUCUUUGCAUUGGUUCCUCCUCCCAGUCUACUUGGUGGAUGGCUUUGCUUCAUAAUAUCACUUGUCUGCAUAGGUCUUCUCACAGCCAUUAUUGGGGAUCUGGCUUCUAUUUUUGGCUGCCUCGUUAAUUUAGAUGAUGCCAUUACAGCAAUCACAUUUGUUGCCCUUGGAACAUCACUACCAGACACCUUCGCCUCAAGAGCAGCAGCAGUACAAGAAAAAUAUGCUGAUAAUGCCAUUGGCAAUGUAACGGGAAGUAACUCUGUCAACGUCUUCCUUGGUUUGGGCUUGCCCUGGUUUAUUGCUUCUGUUUAUCAUUAUGCCAAGGGAACCAAAUUCAAGGUGGCAGCUGGAACACUUGGCUUCAGUGUAGGGCUUUUCUCAGGACUCUGCAUUAUUACAAUUGCACUUCUUAUGGCUAGAAGAGUGUUCAGUGUAUUUGGCAAGACAGAGCUUGGAGGUCCUACAGGUCCAAAAAUAUGUUCGGGUAUCUUUAUGAUAAUGCUGUGGUUUAUAUAUGUUUUGGUCUCAGCAUUCCAGACCACUGGUUAUUUCGACUUCUAAUUUUAUGUCUUUAAAGUGUCAAUUGAAGAAUUGUUUUACAUUUUUCAUUGAUGUAUAUCAGUCUUGUUACCUAUCACAGAUAUUUCAUUAUCAAGGUUCUAUAGUGAUUUGCUAUCAUAUCAUAUGGUUUCAUAUUGAUCAGCCAAAUGCUAGAUGGGGUCUACCUUUAAAACAAUAGCACAAUAGCAUGCACAAAUUUGGUAACAUUAUGCUUUAUUUGCAACAAUUAUAGUGAUACCAUUCAUUCUCAGCCCUACAGUGAGUAACUUCGGAAGAAAAUGCAUUGUGAUUUCAUAAGUAUAACUUCAAAGGAGAACUUGACUUACAAAAUUAACUCUAAUAUAUGCUAGUAGACUUCCCAUCUGUCACCUGGAGAGCUAAAAUAUCUCUAGACAUUACUUUUCUUUUAUUAAAAUCCCAACUACUUUGUUUAGUCAUGCGCCUAUUCAUAAUUUUUUGUCAGUGACAGGGAAGGAAAAUUGUACAGCAAACUAAGUAAGGAUGUCUUACAGCAUCUGUCUUUGUGGCAGUGAGAAUAAAUUUUCAUUUAGUUUUCUGCAUUUGCUCAGUGCUGAACACACUUUGCAAAUGACAUCGAUGCUCACUAAAAUUUCUUUCCCGGAUUUUGUGAAAUUCAAUCAUUUCUUUUUGGUGGAAAAAGUUGCAGCUAUUUAAAAAAUUUCUGCAUAAUUUUUAUUUUGUUUUAUGGGUAGAAACCUUUCAGCAUUAGGCACCAGAGCAGGAUGAAAGAAAUCUACUUAUCAUUUAUAUUUUGGUGUCUUAACCAUAGACUGUGACUGAUUAUAUCAUGGUAGACACUAGAUUCUGUUCAAAAUAUGUUAAUUUUUGCAGAAACUACGCACUACUGUGAUAAGUAGUUGAUUCAUGUUUGUGACAAAAAAGUAACAAAAUGCUAAGAACAACAGAGAUACAAUCUCAAGGAAGAAAUUGUGUGCCCACAAUGAAGAAGUUAAUUAAUAUACUGAGAUAAGCAUUCUAACCAAGUACAAUGCAAGAAAAUUAAAAGUUAUGAACGCUUAUAUGUUUUCACCUCAUAAGAGCUUUAUUGUGCAAAGGUUGCCCCAUAGGAUAUUACAGGGGUUGCUAUAGAUGUUGAUUCUGUGAUGUGUCUAUUUUAUAAUAAAGGUAAUAUAGUAUUGCUGCUAAUGACAGAGUUUUUGAAUGGCAUUUAAUACUGGCAAUUACAGAUUAGUAGUAUCUGUUUUGGAGAUAAAGGAUGUACUACAGGUAGUAUUUGCAAAUAUGUAUAUGGCUGGCUAGCAAUACUACAUUUCUAACUACUGGAAUGAUAGGGUUUGUAAAAUUUGUGUAUAAAAUGCUUGAAUGCAUGGCAAAACACUUGAAUGUUUCUCUCAGAUAUUUUAUAAUUGGAAAAUAAUUGUAGGAUUUCAUAUCAAAUUAGUUGUUAGUAAUUGAAAGAUUAAUGGUUAAUAAUUCAAAGGUUAAUGUAAUGUAACAUUUAGAAUGUGAAGUCUUUUAUACUAUUACAAUUUUUGAAAGAUUUUCAGUUAAACUGUUGACUAAGAAAAGUGAGCUCUUGUUUACUUGAAGCAAUGAAAUUGCCAGCAGUAUUGAUUUGUUACAUAGUACUGAUUUAGUUUAACAUACUGUACAGUAUCCUGCAUUGUUCAGAGGGCACCAAGAUAAGGUUUGAUAUAGCCAAUUCACAAUGGCACUGUAAAUUUAUUUAUAAAUUGUAAGCGAGAAAAUUCUAGAGGUGAUUAUUUACGAAAUGUAAUUCAGCCACAUUUAUUCUCUGUCAAAUUUUUAACACUAUUUUUUACCUUUAAUAUACCCUAGUUGUGUACAAGUACUAUACAGUCACUUUAAACUUCUGUACACAGGAACACAAUAUGACUGUAAAUAUCCAAUGCUUUUAUGUCAAGUUGGUGUAAUUAUCGGCUCAUAUCAGCACUUCACAUACAUUAGGUACAUUACAAGUACUUAAACUACAUAGGAGUAUUAAUUGUUAUGUGUGAGAUUUGCUACUUGUUGGUAUAAUGGGAAACAUGGCACCUGUUACUUUUAACAGGUAAUAUGCCUGAAAAAUCCUUUUAAAAUGUAGAUAGACCUAUAUCUGUCUUUUUUUCAUUUUUUCAGGGAUCUCUAUGAUGAAAAUCUUCCAUAUAUACAUAUAGUUUUUAUUUUCUAUUUUUAACUGCUGCUGGUCUGUCUGAUAUUAUUCAAUAUAACAUAGCCAUUAGACUCUUUUACAUUAUCUAUAUAUUCUCUUACUGCUUAUUCAGGUUCUGAGGCAAGGAUUUCCUCAGAUUUACAGAAAGUGUUCAUAAAUAUUUUCUUAAUUUGCUUCCAUAUUGGAUGGCAAAUUAUCUGGGGUACAAGGAGAGACAGUUUUAAUCAACCUGCAUCUGGUCUUGAAGGACUAUGUAGAUACUUGUGAGAUCUGGUAGCAGACUACGUAUAUUGUUAGUUUUCACUUCUGUAUGUUCCCAUAAAAGUAUCAUUUUGUAGUACAGUACUUUGCUUUUAAUUUGUGGUUUUCUGGAAGGAAAAUAGGUUUAUAAUAGUUUUGUAGUUACUCUUGCGUGCCUUAAUUUAAGCCGAUGAGAGUUAUGAUGUCAGAGCUUCACGGUUUCACUUGUAAAAUAUCAAAAUGGUUUUGUACAAAAAUAAAUAUCAUCAUUAAUGAUUUUCAACAGCCAAAGUGUACUGGAUAGGCUACAAUCAAAAGUGGGUAUGAUUACUUCAAAGAGGCAAUAAAAAUGACACUUUGUGAAUUUGGAUGUAUAAAGCUAUUUGUAAACUUUACACUGCUGUGCUGUAAAUCAAAAGUACAGUAUGAUUAUAGUAAUUUGAACCGUCUUUGAAUUUAAUACAAUGGAUAUGAAUUUUAUGAUUAGCCAUCAGAAGGAAAGUACAGUAAACUACUGUACAAUUCAGGAGAUGUAACAAUGAAAUGCAAGGUAAAAGGAAAAGAAUAUUAUGUAAUUGUUGACUUGAUAGCCUUUAUCUAAAUUUAUUCUAUACCUUUUAUGCUGUAUAAAAUAUGCUCUAGAAUUUAGGGUUGGUAAAUUUUUAUACUAAAAUUCACAUGGUGUAGUUUUCACUUAAAUUGUUGGAAGAAUAUGAAAAUGCCUUUUACUUCAGGAAAUUCCUAGGGUUUUAGGCUCAUUUUCUCUUUGCUAGAAGCAUAAAUGCAUUUUAAACUAAUAUUAACUCUCAAUUUAUUCUUCAUUAAGAUAAUGUUUCGGAGAUACAUACCUACUGUAAUGUUAUACACUACAUUAAUAAAUCAAUACUUGUAAAGUUUAAAAAGUCUAGAUUCUGUUGGUGAACCUAUAAAAAUUCUAAUUUACGUACUACCUUACUAGGGCUUUUGCUAUUUAUUCAAUUAGGUAUAUACAGUAACAUGUUCUACUCUUUGUGUAAACCAAAAUAAUGUCUUCGGAAUAAAAAAAAUAUCUGAAAAGUUGGGCCUAAUAAUACAUGCUAAACUAAAAAGAAAUGUUAAAUAUUUUAUUUUUAUAGAUAAGUUGACGUUAAAAGUUUCCCUGUGUAGGGUAAUGAUAUAUUUCACGUGCAGAGCACUAAAAUAACAAAUGGAUUACCAUACAGGUAUAAUGUUUAGCUGUCAUAAUUGACCUAUAACUUUUCAUUAUGGUAUUAAUUGUAAUGUAUUAUUCUUGCCAAAAUAAAAUGUUUUUCUA